UUUCAAAUUUUCACACAAGGUUACGCGUUUUUCUCACUUCGUAUAUUUUGGUAUAAAUAAAAGGGAAACCACAAAAUUAGUCAGAAAAAUUAGAGGUACAGAAAUGGCAAGAACACGUUGUUAUGACAAGAUUAGUGGAUUGAAGAAGGGGACUUGGACACCUGAAGAAGAUAGAAAAUUAGCAGCUUAUGUUAGUAGAUAUGGUUGCUGGAACUGGCGUCAACUUCCCAAGUUUGCUGGAUUAUCUAGGUGUGGAAAGAGCUGCAGAUUGAGAUGGCUGAAUUAUCUCCAACCAAAUAUUAAAAGAGGAAAUUACACCAAGGAAGAAGACGAGAUAAUCAUGAAGCUUCAAGCAGAAAUUGGAAAUAAAUGGUCGACAAUUGCUGUUCACUUACCUGGAAGAUCAGACAAUGAUAUAAAGAAUCAUUGGCACACCUCUCUCAAGGAAAGAUCAACUCAAGAAUUAAUUUCCUCAAAAAAGAGAUUAUCUAAUAACAGCUACCGGUCCAGCAAUCGAAAAAAGAAGAAAUAUUUGGGAACUGCUCAAUGUUCACCAAUUCAAUCAUGUAGUGAAGUUUCUUCUUGUGCUACAACUGAUCAUCAAAGUGUGGAAAAUAUUAUAGAUGAAGAAUGUGAGGUCUUUCAAGAAAAAAUAUUUGAAGAAUCCAGUGGAAAUUUUUGGACAGAACCAUUUUUACUAGAUAGUUUUAGUACCACCAGUAGUGCAUUUUUUAUGCCUAAUUUAGAAUUUGACCAUGGACUAAUUGUAUCUCCAAUUUCCCCAGUCAUGUGCUAUGAUGAAUUUCUAUGCUCAUAUUAUUAAAGGUAGUGAAGCCCUUAAAAGGAAUUUGAUGGUUAGAAUUUGUGGAAAAAAAAUCUAAUAGAGAGGAAUAGAGGUAGUGAAAAAUCAGUAACUAUCUGAAGUCCUCCCUUUUAGAUUGAAAUUCAUUGUACUCUUACCAUAAAUGAUUGUAUUUUCUUCCUUUCAAUUCUUACAAGUUA